AUGUCGUUCUCUCCUCCUUCAGAAAUUUCCGUGACAUCUCGCCAGAUCCCCAAAUGGGGUGGUAUCCCCAACACCUCGAUCCGGUCUAAACCACUCAUGAUCUACCACAAAGCUUUUAACGCGUCCGCUAACGAUUUCGCGGCGCACCUGGAGGAAAUUGGCGAGGUCAGACCACAGUGGGUCUAUUCCAUGUACAGUCAAACGCACUUUCACAGCACCACUCACGAGGUGCUGGGGGUGGUUUCCGGCCGUGCACGGCUUUGCUUCGGUGGGGAAGCGAACCCCGAACGCUUCGAGCCGACCGUCGAAAAAGGAGAUCUGAUUAUCGUGCCCGCCGGCGUCGGCCACCGGCUGCUGGAGGAGCUCGGCUCUGACCAGGGUGACCCUUUCCAGAUGGUUGGCGCUUAUCCGCCCAAGAAACAAUGGGAUAUGUGCUAUGGUGACUCAAGGGAGGAAGACAAGGUUUCGCGGAAUAUCCAUUCCUUAAGUUGGUUCCACAGCGACCCCUUGUGUGGGCAGGAUGGGCCUGUGCUGCACGUCUGA